UGUCACAAAGCCAGUACUGCAUUAUGCAGUCUAUUGGUGCAUUAAAUCAUUUUCAUUUUUUUAUUUUAGUAUAAAAUAAUAACAAAGAAGCAGCUUGAGAAUGGAUGGAUUUAUGUUAAAGCACCGGUUGAUUCAAGAUUCAAAGUUACACGGAUUCACUCAUAAUGCUAAUCUACAGAAAAGAGUUUCAAAAAAAUUUGGAUGGUCGAAAUCACUUACAAAUGUAGUGCUUGAUGCUUAUAAUGAAUUCUUAGAAUUAAAGAUAGUAUUUCGAGAUUGGAAUGAUAUGCAGCUAGUACCAUCAUGGUGUAUUCAGCAAGUUUGGAAGGUCCAUGUGCUUGACACAAAAGUAUAUUCUGAUGUAUGUGUCAGUUUAUGUGGGCAUCUCAUCCAGUACGAUAUAGACAGUGGUAUCGACAAGGAAUUUAAAAAUCAAAGAAUUGAACUAACUAGAGCCGUUUACAAAGAAAGAUUUAACAGAACUUUAUGUGGUAGUGUUUGGUCCUUUGAGCAUGUAUCAACAUGGUGGAUGGAGUAUACAGAUUUAAAACAGGAUGCAAAUCUUGAAAGUGACUGUACAAAAAGCACAGAAAAAACAAUUUCUAAAUGCUUAUCUAAUGCAUCUAAAAUGAACAAUAAACGAUGUUAUGGCACAGAUUUAAGUAGCAAUAACGUUGCAAAAAAUUGUCCCAAGGUCAGUAGCGUAAAAGAAGAUUAUAAAGUUGAAAGAAAGAAUGUGAAAUCACGCAUAAAAAGCAAGUCAAAGCGCAUAAAUUUGUGUAAAAUUUCUGCGAUAAUAACACGGUCUGCUGCAAAAAAACAGAAAUUGACCAAUUAAAAUGUUUUGAAACAAGACCACAGUUUGUACUAAAACUCCUAAAACUUUUUGAUAUUUUAUAGAGCACAAAAAAUCUACUUUUUAAAUCAAGUUGAAGUUUCUAUAGCAUAUUUAAAAUCUCUUCCCAAACAUCUACCCUCUUCUUCUACUCUGUUGUUUUUACAUUUUCUCAACUUGUUUUAACAAAUUAAAAGUCAUACUAGAAGUUUGCAAGAUUCUUUUCUUUCUUCUGAUAUGAUCCCAAUAUUUAGUUUAGUUUUAAAUUUUACUUUUAUUUUACUUUUAUUUUACAUAUUUUUAGAAAGGAAACAGUAAGUAUGUUUAAAAAUUGUUAAUUUUUUCUGAUUGUCUUGGGAAAAUAAUCAUUUUCUGUUAGAGUUUGUUAUAUGCUUAUAAAAUAACCUGCUUUUGUACAAGGCUACCCUACAAAAGUUUUUCUACCACCCCUAUUUUUUAAAGGAUAUAUUGUUCAUAUUAUUGAUGCUAAUAUAAACUUUAGGAUGUUUUUUUAAAUUAAACCUUCACACAGGUACUCAGGACCUUAUUGUUUUGCUGACUGCUAAUAUGAAACAGUUCAAUUUUUGUUUUUGAGUUCUAAAGACUUCCAUACUCCUCCAUUCCCUAGAGGGAUUUUUACGAAGUGAAUUUUGAAUUGCUUUUUUUGGGUAAUAAUAACAAAACAGUUAUUUUGAAUUCUUUCCAGUAAUGAGUUUUUUUAAGAAUAAACACUAAAGGUUGCGUUAUGAUUGGUCAAAAGUUUACAGCGAGUUAUUUUGCCGCUUAAAAGUAGGAAAUUUUUCUACUUUUUAACAAAGCGAAUUUUUCAAAGCAAAAUCAAAUCACACAAAGCUGUGUGUGCUUAGUUACAUUUUGCCAGUGAAUUAGUCAUCCAAUUUGCUUUGUGGAACCUUGUGCCGUAAAAAUUGAUGGAGGAGACAUUGUACGCUCACAAAACGUAGGCACAAGUGUUUGUAAUCUUAUUUUCAUCACCACAUGUUCAUCGAUAAAUCACUAUAUUCUAAAUUUUAUGACCAUUGUAAAGCUAACUUAAGUCGUCAAAUUUUAUGUAACGACUUAUUAUCACAACAGUGUAAAUAAGGUAUUUUUAACUUGAAAAGCUCUGUUAAAAUGUACACUUCAAGUUUCAAGUGUGAUCACUCUGUUUUCGGGCAGACAAUGAUGUUUUUGGGAAGACAAUGAUAUGGAAAAUCAUAACAUGUUUCAUGAAACUUAUUAUGUAAAUUUAAUUUUUUCAUUCUGGAUAAUUUAUAAAAAUGCUUUAGGAUGGGAUUAACUGUUUACAUUGUUCAGGUUAAAGUUUUUUAUUUUAGCUUUUGUUAUUUUAUUUUGUUAGUUCCAUCUGUAAUACACGUUAACAUUUUAUUUAAAAUACUUUAAAAGUGUAAAGUCCA